CUGUCUGGUGAAUUUUCUUCGUGGGAAGGAUUUGUUGAAGGUGCGAUGGAAUAAAUUCAACAAGCCCCACGUCCAAGAUAUGCGAGAUGCUAAUAAGUAUGAAUCGAUAUUGAAGAAGGAAUUCGAUCAUCGUGGGAACGUCGAAGGUGGCAACAAAUCUAAGUGCUUUUAUGAAGGCCUGCCUACAAGAAAAAUUAAGGACACCUGCAAAUGCUUCAGGAGAUGCCAGGACUUUACCUACAGGAAGACAGUGACCUACGUUCCAUUUUCUUCUGAGAACGCCAGCACUGCUCCUGGCAUCUUGCAAGGGGGCCUCAGCAAAGUCGUAGUCUAUUUUUCAACGCCGAACAUUGACAAUAUACGCACCGUGCCCAAGUUUGACGGACUGCAGGCGUUCAGCGCCAUGGGAUCUGCAAACGGAAUGUACUUGGGAGCUUCAUUUCUCGUUAUCAUCGAGGUGUUUGAAAUCCUGCUUGCCGGUUGCUCACGUAGUCAAGCGCACGCUUAGUCGGUUGUUGUGCACAGUGUUUCCAGUGGCAGUUCCGCGGUGCUCUUUGGAAAAUGAGCUCUGUGUACAUGAUAGCGUCGGACCAAAAAUUUUCACGUAGUUAGAAAAAAGCCAUCCUCACGAAGAAAUAAACAUAAGUUCUGUCAAUUACUGGAUUACGCGCUUUUACAUAUAGAUAUGUAAAAAAUAACUAGAAUAUAAGAGUUUGAGCCUCGACGUCCUUUAGCUGCUGUACCAGACGUCUAUCUAAUGUGGUACCAAGCACAUUACCAAAAUUAAAUUAAAGUGUUUUACAUGCCGAAACCACUAUCUGAUAAUGAGACACUCAGUAGUGGGGGUCUCCGGAUUAAUUUUGACCACCCGGGGAUCUUGUGCACGUGCUGUUUCAUCCAGUUUCAAAUGUCAGGUUGAGCGUCUGUUGUGCCCUGGCUACCCUCAUCCCUUAAUUUGCAGUACGUCCGGGAACCUGCCUCAGAAACUAAAAUCUCCAGAAAGGAAAUAGCAACUCUUGAACCAAAAAUCAGCUUUUGUCUUGCCAUAUUUGCAUUGUCUAUCCCAUAACCUUAAGAAGGUUGCUAAAAGUUAAUAGGAUUCGCGCUUUUUCAGAGCCUUGCAAACUCAAGAACGUGUGCCCACUACUGAGCAAUGCAAAAAGUAGGAGUAUAGGUCAUGGAAGAAGAAUCAUCAGAACAAGUUCCCUAAAUGCAUCUCUAAUGUUAUCUACGAGGUACCUCUAUUUUGCGGCAGGUCCUUCAUAGGUCAGACUGGCUGCUGUUUCAAUGAGCGUGCAGAGGAACACGAACGAUCCAUGCGCACGAACACGGGCAGUAAUAUCCCCAUUGCACUGCAAGAGAUGCGAUAGCGAAAUCUCUUUGCCGUAUCUGGAAGAUACCAAAUUCCU